CCUCCCUCCCGCACAUCGCCCACCAUCACCGAUUCACCGUCUCUCGAUCGCGUUCCUGAUCUCGAUCUCUCUAGGUGGUGGAAAUGGCCUCCAGUUUCGCCUUGAUCGCCUUCGCCUUCUUGUCGCUCGCCGUGGCGGCCUCCGCCCAGGGCCCAGCCGCUGCCCCCUUGAGGCCGCCCGCCGCUGCCCCGGCGAAACCCCCCGCUCUGGCCCCCGUUCAGCCGCCGGUUCCGGCCCCCCUGCCUCCUCCGCCCUCCGCCGCCCCAGUUACUCCCCCAGCCGCGGCGCCCGUAUCUACACCCCCUGCCGCCGCCCCUGUCGCCAAGUCGCCCGCUCUCUCCCCUCCCGCACCGCCGACCUCCGCCCCCGCGUCGUCGUCCAUUACCAGAUCCCCCGCCGCCGCUCCCACCUCCCCGCCUCCGUCUAGUAACGGCGCAGUUGCCCUUUCCUUCAGUUGGAUCGCCUUCGCGGCCGUCGCCGCCCUCGCGAUGUAGAUCCAGUCUCCGGUCGCCCCUGACGAUGUCCGCCCCGUUGGAUGUUAAUCUUUCGAGCCCUUCCAUUUGUCUAUGAUUAUUUACAUUUGUUGUACUCGUUGAUCGCCAUUUCUUUAUAAAUUCUUUCAUCUGUUUUACCA